CCUCUGCCUAUAAAUAACCCUUUCCGCAGCUUAGCUCUUUUUUCCUCUCCUCCCCUCCCUUCUGAUUCCUGUUUUCCUUCAGAUUCCUUACAAAUCGACGGAAUCUGACCGUUGGUUCCGUUGAAGCAGCUCGUUUCCGCGGUUAGAUCUUCCCAAGAUCAUCUCUUCUAACUUGUAAGUAUCUACAGAUUAUACCUGGAUGGAUGGACCACGUGAGCUCGGCCUUCGGAAUGUUGGUUCACACUGCUCAAUCUCUGAAGCGGAUGACUAUGAUCUUUCACGGCUUCUUGAUAAGCCGAGAUUGAACAUUGAGCGGCAGAGAUCAUUUGAUGAGCGGUCUCUCAGUGAGAUGUCAAUCGGGGUCUCGCCUCGGUUCUCCACUCGAGCUGCAGAGAACACCAGAGGGUUGGAGAAUUUUGAGAAUAUGUGCUCACCCGGGGGACGGUCAGGGUUGAACACCCCGGCAUCAUCGGCUCGCAACUCGUUCGAGCCGCAUCCGAUGGUUGCUGAUGCGUGGGAAGCACUGAGGCGGUCGUUGGUGUUCUUCCGGGGACAGCCAGUGGGUACGAUUGCUGCGUAUGAUCAUGCUUCUGAGGAGGUUCUAAAUUAUGAUCAGGUGUUUGUCCGGGACUUUGUACCGAGUGCUCUGGCUUUUCUGAUGAACGGUGAGCCAGAGAUUGUUAAAAAUUUUCUUCUGAAGACUCUCUACCUUCAAGGUUGGGAGAAGCGGAUUGACCGUUUCAAGCUUGGAGAAGGUGCAAUGCCAGCCAGCUUCAAAGUGCUUCAUGAUCCUGUUCGGAAAACAGAUGCUUUAAUUGCAGAUUUUGGGGAGAGUGCAAUUGGAAGAGUGGCUCCUGUUGACUCUGGAUUCUGGUGGAUUAUUCUUCUCCGUGCCUACACAAAAUCUACUGGGGAUUUGUCUCUUGCUGAAACACCUGAAUGCCAAAAGGGAAUGCGGCUCAUACUAACAUUAUGUCUCUCAGAGGGAUUCGACACUUUCCCAACCCUGCUCUGUGCUGAUGGAUGCUCCAUGAUUGAUCGAAGAAUGGGUAUUUAUGGUUAUCCUAUUGAAAUCCAAGCCCUUUUCUUUAUGGCAUUGAGGUCCGCUUUGCCAAUGCUCAAACAUGAUGCUGAAGGGAAAGAAUUUGUGGAACGCAUUGUGAAACGCUUGCACGCUCUAAGCUUUCACAUGCGCAGUUACUUUUGGCUUGAUUUCCAGCAGCUAAAUGACAUAUACCGUUACAAAACUGAGGAGUACUCUCACACUGCAGUUAACAAGUUUAAUGUCAUUCCCGAUUCAAUCCCAGAUUGGGUAUUUGAUUUUAUGCCUACCCGUGGUGGCUACUUCAUUGGAAAUGUCAGUCCUGCAAGGAUGGACUUUCGAUGGUUUUGUCUUGGUAAUUGUGUGGCGAUUUUAUCAUCCCUGGCAACCCCAGAGCAAUCUUUGGCUAUAAUGGAUCUUAUCGAAGCACGCUGGGAAGAGUUGGUUGGAGAAAUGCCUCUGAAGAUAUCUUAUCCGGCAAUAGAGAGCCAUGAUUGGCGGAUUGUAACAGGCUGCGACCCCAAAAAUACUAGAUGGAGCUACCAUAAUGGAGGAUCUUGGCCAGUUCUCUUGUGGCUGCUAACUGCCGCAUGUAUCAAGACGGGCCGGCCACAGAUUGCCAGACGAGCAAUUGAGCUCGCGGAGAGCCGUCUUUUGAAAGACAGCUGGCCAGAGUACUAUGACGGGAAGCUAGGAAGGUACAUUGGGAAGCAGGCGAGGAAGUUCCAGACGUGGUCGAUUGCGGGGUAUCUGGUGGCCAAGAUGAUGCUGGAAGACCCAUCCCAUCUGCUGAUGAUCUCGCUGGAAGAAGACAAGCAGAUGAAGCCACUGAUCAAGAGAUCGGCGUCAUGGACUUGCUGAAAGAGCUUCAAAAGGUGGUCACUUUACAGUUAUACAUUCAUUCGGCAGUUUUUCUCACUCCCAUUUCAGGGUUUGUUUUUCUCACUCCCAUUUCAGGGUUUGUUUUUGUUGGGUGCAGCAAAAGGGGUGUAUUUGUUUCUGUACAAUAUCAUGUGUGGGGAGUAGCAUCUCAGUUUUAAAAUAAGAAAGGUACAUUUCAAUAUAGCUGUGGACAUUCAUCUCAUGGUCCAUUAGAUUAUAUGAUCUAAGAUUAAAAACUGAUUGGGUCUA